AUGGAAAGAGUGGAGGAAAAGCUCAACUUUCACCACUUCAGCCAUGAACAUUCACUAGAACAAACCAAUUCAUCACCUUUCAACCAAAACAAAACAUGUGCAGGCUGCAAGCUGUUGAUACUCCCCGGUAAGGAUUACUACAGCUGCAAAAAAUGCUCAUUUUUCCUACACCAAGUAUGCUACAACAUGUCCCCAAAAACUCGCCACCCAGCACAUCCAAAUCACUAUAUGAAUCUCCAUCCGUCACCUUCAAGCAAAGGAGCUAUAAAUUGUAAGGCCUGUGGAAAGCAUGUUGCCGGAUUUUACUAUGAUUGCGCCGAAUGUGGCCUUUACUACCACAGCCUGUGCUCCAUCCUCCCUUUCUCCAUUGCAACUUCCUCACACCCUCACGCGUUGAAAUUGUCAUUUCUACCCCCGUAUGAUUUGUGCUGCGAUAUCUGCAGCGAGCCUGGUUAUGAUGGUUGGCUCUAUAGGUGUCACAUAUGUGAGUUUGAUGCUCAUCUUUCUUGUAGUAUUUCUGAUCAAAAACUUCUUGACAGUUCUCAAAGUUACAAUAUUGAAGGCAAGGAGCUACUGCAGUUGGUAAGGCAUGGAUUUGUAAGAAGUGAAUCACAUCAGAUUACAGAAGCAAACAUGCCGGAUACCAUCGUUCUGAACCCAAGACCACAAGCUUUUCAUCAAGAUUCGUCAUCUCAAGCCUCCAGCGACACGAUUCUAACUCCAAGUCACCAAUUCAGUGAUGCAUAUUUUUCCAUAGAUUUGGCCAACUCCUAUUCUAAUUCACCCUACACUCAGAACAAUGAAGGGAACAAAGAAAAUGGUCAUCAGGGUUCAAAGGGUAGUGCUGAAUUAGUCCAAGUUACAUUUGAGUCCAUCAAAAGUACUAUAACAACCGACAAGGUCUUGAGCAAUAAAGUAGGACCAGAAAAUACUCAAAAUAGAAUGGAUGAAGCAUUCUUGACUCGAAGUGACACUCUUACCAGGAAGGAAUUAGGCCCAGAGAAGAAAAGAAUAUCAAAUGAACAAGUACGGAUGAGGUCAAACAUCAGAUAUCGGAGUACCAUAUCGGAUACUCAACAAGACUCGAACGGUUCAUUUUUCCAGAUGCUCUGUGGAUGCUGCAAUCCUGGAUACGAAAGAAGCAUCUGA